AUGACCCACAGGGGUCACGGCGGCCCGGGAUUUGGCCGCGUUUUCGGUGGCUUUUCAUCAGUGCCACGGAAGCGCAUGACCAGGUUCAUCCUGGUCUCUGCUAUUACGGUGUUCGCACUGUUCUUCUUCAGCAAUGGCGUCGCCAAUAUGCCACGGGAGGAUCGGAUGGAAGAGAGCAUUGCGGAACUACAAUCUCAUCUGCAGUUCCUGGACUCCUUGUACCGGGCUCGACAAGAGGACCUAAUUGCUUUGCAGAACAAGUUCAUGGUACACCGCGGGAAUGGCAGCCAACGUCACGCGACCCCCCAACUGUACGACGGAACGCCAACCACUCUGCCGCCAGAAAUAUCAAUGAUAAUAAAAAACUACACUGGAACCAAGGCGGUGCAAGGCGUGCGCCCGAAGAAUAUUCAGCAGCUGCGUUCGCCCUACGUCUACCAGCUGAUGCCGCAUCUGAUGAACAGCCCCUUCAGCCUGCGUCCCGCGUACCACCUAAAGUCGAAGAGGGCCUUCGUUGACGUUGUGAUCGGCAUUCCGACAGUCAGGAGGGACAAGGAGAGCUACCUCCUGAUAACUCUCACGCAUCUGAUCGGCGGAAUGUCGGACGCGGACCUUGCGGCCACCUUGAUCGUCGUAUUUGUCGGGGAAACUAAUUUGGAAUACGUCGUGCACACUGCGAGGCAAAUCGAAAUUACCUUCCCUAAGCACCUCGAGAGCGGUCUCAUCGAGGUGCUGGCGCCGUCUCCCUCCUACUACCCGGACUUCAGCACCCUGGAGCAGACCCUCGGCGACUCGGUCAAGCGCGUCAAGUGGCGCACGAAGCAGAACCUGGACGCGAUCUACCUGAUGUCCUACGCGCAGACCAAGGGCACGUUCUACCUGAUGCUGGAGGACGACGUCAUCGCCAAGAAGAACUACAUGCAGUACAUUAAGCAGUUCGCGUCUGCGACCACAGUCUCCACGCCGCAGUGGUUCUUCCUCGAGUUCUGCCACGUGGGCGGCAUUGGCAAGAUGUUCCGCUCCUCCGACCUGGUGCACUUCAUCACCUACGUUCAGCUGUUCUACAAGAACAUGCCGAUCGACUGGCUGCUCGAGAGCUACCUCGCGGACCGCGUCUGCACCAUCGACAAGACCUCGAAAGCGUGUGGCAAAAGCAAGAGCCAUAUCCGCCCAAAGUAUAAGACCUCGCUGUUCCAACAUAUCGGGCUCUAUUCGUCGCUAAAGGGAAAGAUACAGAAAGUAAGGGACAGCCGUUUCGGCGCGGCGCCCACUUACUUCCCCCACGUCAACCCCCCGGUGGGGGUGUUCCGCACCGAUAUCGUGGAGCAAGCGGACCACACGCUGAAGCGCGCGUACGAGGGUCAAACAUACUUCUGGGGUGUCAAGCCGAAGAAGGGUGACAUGGUCGAGUUCUGGUUCGAGAAGCCCACAGCGAUCAAGAGCUUCACCUUCCGCAGCGGCAACGCGGAGCACUCGUCGGACAAGUUCUACGACGCCGUGGUGGAGGCGCUGCCGUCGGGCGCGGACAACUUCAGCGCGGUGGGCGAGUUCGACGAGUUUGGGCUGGCGGACGGCGAGCUGCCCGCUGGCUGGGCGCCCCUGACCGCCAUCCGCGUGCGCGUCAACAGCGACAGCUUCUACUGGGUCAUACUCAGCGAGGUGCGGUGGCACGCGACCAGUGCCCGGUCCCUAUAUUCAGGGCCGGAUUUAGAGAUCGAGCUCAGGACGAAGGCGGAAGAGUCGGGA